AUGGCUCAAGCAAGCCGAACACAGCGCUGUUUGCGACGGUAUAUAUCUGUACCUGACGCCCUACUGCCUCGAACAAUCCACAAUGGCUCGUCCCUUGCCGCACGAAGCCUCACACGCACACACACACGACGAAACCACUCAACGACACCUCCUCCUCCUCCUCCACCACCACCGCACUCCUCUACCUCUUCUUCCUCGGUAUCGUCAGCGGAAAUGAACCAUUUCGCAACUUUGGCGAGUAGUUGGUGGGAUCCCCUUGGUCCAUCUCGCAUAUUACAUCUUAUGAACCCGCUCCGACAUGACUUUAUCGCUUCGUGUCUCGGCCAGCAACAGCAGAAAGAAGGUGGUUCCGGCCUACGGUAUCUAGACAUUGGAUGUGGAGGAGGGAUAUUUGCCGAAUCACUCGCAAGGACGAUACCGAGCAGCUCCAGUGCAAGUUCGACAGGAACAAACGCAACGUCUCUAUUAGCUAUCGAUCCGUCGCCUGUGAUGAUUGAGAUUGCGCUUUCCCACGCCCGUAAGGAUCCAGCGUUACACAACCACCUUCAAACGGGCCGGUUCGAGUACCGAAACACCUCGAUGGAAGAGCUGGAAGGUUCCACGCAAGCAGACGAACGGUUCGAUGUAGUUACCUUGUUCGAGGUGCUGGAACACGUUGAUCCGGAACGGUCGUCGCCUAGGGCGUUUCUGCAGAAGUGUCUUGAUCUAGUGGCUCCGGGCGGAUGGCUUGUUGGGUCGACUAUUGCGCGCACCUUGCCUGCGUACGUGGUUAACCAGGUGAUUGCGGAAGCGCCGUGGCCUAUUGGGGUUGUCCGAAGGGAACGCCAUGAAUGGAGCAAGUUUUGUGUAUCCGAGGAGCUGCUUGGGCGGGUGAAGGGGUUGGGGGGGAGUGGAGGGUGGAAGAUGGUUCCUGGCACGGAGUCGUGGGGGAAUUAUUUCUGGGGUAUUAGGAAGGCGUGUUAA